AUGCUAGGAUUUAGAAGGAAACCCGGAGAACAACAGCAAGAAAGCAUACCAACUAACGAAAGACUUAACCUGCCCAUUACAAAACAGGGACGCAGUAAUACCAUCCAAGACAAAGCUGGAAACUUUCUGACAGAAGAUCAGGACAUUUUACAGAGCUGGACUGAGUACUGCUCCGAGCUAUACAGUUACAGAGCCACAGAAGACCCAAGUGUAUUACAUGUACCUCCUGCAACCAACAACGACAAUCACCCCAUCCUUCGAGAAGAAGUGGAAUCAGCAGUGAGAUCGCUGAAGAAGGCGGAAAUUAGCAAGAGUGAAAAAUAUACCAUCCGAAAUAGUCAAGACAGGAGGAGAAGCAAUGAACAGUGCCUUACUGAUCAUCUGCAAUACGAUCCGGCAAACAGGAAUAUGACCAACACCAUGGACACAUCCCUGACCAUCACACUCCACAAAAAAGGCACCGUACAACAGUGCCAGAAUUACCGCACCAUCAGCCUUAUUAGCCAUCCAAGCACAGCCAUGCUGGAAAUACAGCAGAAUAUGUUGAAGCCACAAGCAGAGAAUAUCAUUGCUGAAGAAUAA